CUUUCUCUGUCACUCUCACUCGCACUCUCACUUUCACUUUCAUUCCCACUCUGUUUCUCUGUUUCUCGCUAAGCAUUCACUCACCCAAUCACCCUCUCCUCAACCCCGCCAACCUUGAUGGCCAACUUGUGGCGACUGCCUGCAUGCCAAGCCCCUACAUAAACAAGUCAACCACCGCCGUGGACCAACGGCCGCGAUAUCGAGGCAAUAGUGGGCGGGCGGCUUCAUCUCUUGCUUCGCUGGGGUCCCCGUCGAUUCUCGGCUCACUCUUGCUACGAAAGAACCGCCGACACCCAGUUCCUAAUCCGCUCGCUCUCGCUCGCUCUAUUGAAUCUUCCCGCCCCCCCAGGACCACCGCCAAGAUGACUCGCGAAGCCCACCUACCGAGCCGACUGUGAACCUCUAGAUGGGUAGUCCUAGGGGCCCAACCUCGUAGAAUCACCGACGCCGACGCUGGGCACUUUUGUUUGUCUGGCAGACCCGUUUAUUGUUCUCCUUCGUGCUCACCUCUGCU